UGGCAGCUCCCUCGAGGGCCAGGUACCUGACACCUGUGAGCUAUGGAGAGAAGACAAUAUGAGCUGUGUCCUGCCCCGUCCUGCUAAAAACAGGGUGUGCUCUGUGCUCUGGGCCAGGAAAUGGGCCACUUGAGCAGACCUCUUUUGUCUGGCUGUGAGAAACUAGCUCUCUCAGCCAGAACUGCCUGGUGUGUAAGGUGUGUCUAGGGGUCGAGUAAAAGGCACUAAAGUUGAGCAGGGUAUCUUCCCCACAAACUGGGGACGCCUAAGUCCGACUGCCAGAUUUCAGGGCCAUCUUUGCCCUGUUCCCCAGUUUUCCUUUUGCAGGCAGUGGUCAGAUGCAGUGAUCUGAGUCAUCUCACUGAAGUGCACACAUCCUGUGUGCCUUCUCUUUGGCUGGAGUUCCUUGCUCCUGGGCCCAAUUCCACUCUCUCUCCUUGAUCCUGUCCUGGGGAUGGGAACUCCUGGAGUGAAGACCAGAGCCUCAAGGAUUUCUGCAGAGUUGAGAAAAGGCGUUAUCUCAGACCAAGCAAGUAGAACUAGUCCAUUGUGAUGAUUCUAGUGGGAUAUAAACUCUUUGAGGAAAGAACUGUCUCACUUUUGUACAAUACUUAGGGCAUGUUUAUUGAUAGUUUCCCUUGGGCCUGAAGUAAGAGUUCUGGGAGCUGGACUACAGCCCAACUCAAGCUUCAAUACCUCCUGCCUUCCUAAAGAUUAGAUGAGUCCUGGAGACUUUCCAGGUUGGAGUGGUUAUUCCAUCAGACUACCACUUAAAACUGAGUAGUGACUGAGUAGAAAAUUAUUAACAGCUUGCUGUAGGUCUUACACUGUGCUAAGUACUGGAGAGACAGGUGAAUAAAGGAGAUCUUCCCUGACUUUAAGAAGCUUACAUUCUAAUAAAAGGAAACAAUCCAUAUUGAGGAAUAGUGUCCAGGCAGGUUUGCAAAGCCAUGGCAAUGGUGAGGAGCCCUAGGAAAGCUACCCUUGUCAGCCCUCCUUCUGGCAUGUCAUGUUCUAUUUUGGGUACCACUUUUUAGGAAGGACAUUAAUCAACUAAAAUGUGUCCAUACUAGAAUAACUAGAAUAAUGAAAAAAUCACUUUAAGGAAAGUUUAAAAAAGAGAACAUGGGGUGUGAAGGGAGGGUGGAAUUUAAGUAUUUGAAAGAUUAUUAUAUGAAAGAGGGCUUGGACUUGUUCUGCUUUACCCCAGAGCAGAAUAAAAACCAUGGGUGAAAGUUGUAAAGACAGAUUAUUAGUUUGGGGCAACUAGGUGGCAUAAUGGAUAGAGCAUGGAGCUUGGAACCAGAAAGACUCAUCUUCCUGAACCCAGGAAUUGGUCCCAGACAUUUACAGCUUUGUGACCCUGAUCCAGUCACUUAAUUCUGUCUGUCUCAGUUUUCUUAUCUGGAAAAUGAGCUGGAGAAGAAAAUGGCAAAAGCACUCCAGUAUCUUCAUCAAGAAAACCCUGAAUGAAUCAUAAAGAGAUAGACACAAAUGACAAUAACAAAAAUAUUUUAGUUCAUGAUGCUGAGUGAAAUGAGCAGACCCAGGAGAUCAUUGUGCUCUUCAACAGCAAUACUAUAUGAGGAUAUAUUCUGAUGGAAGUGGAUUUCUUCAACAAUGAGAAGAUCUAAUUCAGUUCCAAUUGAUCAAUGAUGGACAGAUCAGCUACACCCAAAGAAAGAACACUGGAAAAUAAAUGUGGACUACUUGCAGCUUUGUUUUUCUCCCCAGAUUAUUUUUACCUUUCUGAAUCUGAUUUUUCUUGUGCAACAAGAGAACUGUAUGGAUAUGUACACAUAUAUUGUAUUUAAGAUAUAUCUUAACAUGUUUAACACGUAUGAGACUGCCUGCCAUCUAGGGGAAGGGUGGAGGAAGGGAAGGGAAAAAUUGGAACAGAAGUGAUUGCAAGGGACAAUGUUGAAAAAUUACCCAUGGAUAUGUUCUGUCAAUAAAAAGCUAUAAUAAUAAUAAAAAAAAUUUUUAGUUCAAACUGAGGAAAAGUUCCUAGCAAAGUGGAAUCACAAAAUUGUUAAUUAACUUCUUAACAACAUCCCAAAGUAGAAUAAGCUGCCUUGGACUCUUAUCACUGAAAAUGAUCAGUUUAUUGGAAAUGUAGUGUGGUCUUCUGCAUGGAAUAAAUGGUUGGGCAAAAGGUGCUGUCAAACUCAGAUAAAAACAGAACCUUUCAGGAUGAUGUUGACUUAGGAAACUACAAAUGAACAUUAUCUCUGUUGUGCUGUAUUUUAUUUUGUUCAACACUUUCCGAUUACAUUUUAAUCUGGUUCUGCUGCACUUGGAGUUUUUCUGGGCUUCACAGCCUGUGGACCUGGAGUUUGACACCUUUGGGCUAAAUGACCUCCCUGCCAGUUCUUAUCUCUCUCCUUCUUAGCCAAUACCUUCUUUUCCCCGCAUAGGCCAGAUGGAUUCCUUUCCCUUUUUUCAAAGAUUUCCCACCGUCUAUUUUAGCUAGGAACCUUCUUCUCUCCUCUCCCCCUUUCCCCAGCGCUUUCUUCCCCAAACAAGGGGAAUGUAUUCCUUCCCUUAAAGGAUUUUUCAUCCCCUUAAAAUUGGGGUACCCCUAGCUUUCCAUUGAAGGACUGAACGCUCAGAGAAGAAGCUAAUAGCAUGUGAGAAGAAGUGGGGGAGGAAAUAGGGUAGGGGGAAAUAGGGUAGGAGCGACCCCCCAUUACUGCCGCCAGGAAAGGUAGGGCUGAGCAAGAGGAGGCCCUCAAGUCUGAGGGCGGAUCAGAGCCCUGAUGCUGCCUUUGCUGCCUGGGAGGCUUGGGGAGGGCUAGAGCAGGAAGGAAGCUGGCAGAGAUGUCUGUGGCAGGCUGUCUUGUUCCCCGCUUGCGUCCUUUCCUUCGGGAAUACAGCCGAUUGCUAUUGUCUUCCUGGGCUCUGACCGAAAGGGGUCCCCCGGCUGCCCCCGGCUUGGCCCUGGCUACCCCUGGCUUGGCCCUGGCUUGGCCCUGGCUGCCCCCGGCUUGGCCCUGGCUACCCCCGCCUUGGCCCUGGCAUGUCUGCGGGCCUGGCUGCCUGCAUGUCUGCUCCUGUGCACGCCCGCCGCUGCCCAGUGCCCAUGGGCACCUCGUGCAUGCUCGUGCCCGUGUCUGCCUUAGAAACGGCCGUAUUGGGGCCUCCCAAGCGGCGCCCCCUCCGUGAUGCUUUGUGUCCAUGUGUCUCUACAUCUGUGUGUUAGUAUUGUCGGUCUGUCUUGUUUCCCCUGUAGACGGAAAGCACAGUGCCUUGUGCCGCCGGGCCCUCAGUGGAUAUGGCUGAUGUGACGCCGCGGCACCCAUCCCGCCCCUCACCAGGACCCGCAGCCUCAUGGCCAUGUCCCUGCCUGGCAGCAGAAGGCCCUCCACCGGAUCCCGCAGCCGGGGGCUGUACGGACGAAAUGGGCUGGCCGUGUUCUCUCAAUGUUCGCCAUGCUCUGACACCCAGCUUGGGCCUCCACCUCUUCUUCCUGCCUCCAGGCGUACCUCACCCCCCGUCAGCAUGCGGGAUACCUAUGGUACCUCCUCACUCAGCAGCAGCAGCAACUCUGGCUCCUAUAAGGGCAGUGACAGCAGUCCCACACCCAGGCGUUCGAUGAAGUAUACCCUGUGUAGUGAUAACCAUGGCAUCAAGCCUCCCACCCCAGAGCAGUACCUGACGCCCCUGCAGCAAAAGGAGGUCUGUAUCCGGCACCUGAGGGCUCGGCUCAAAGACACCCAGGAUCGACUCCAGGACAGGGAUUCAGAGAUCGAUGACCUCAAGACCCAGCUGUCCCGCAUGCAAGAAGACUGGAUUGAGGAGGAAUGCCACCGGGUCGAAGCGCAGCUGGCCCUCAAGGAGGCCCGCAAGGAGAUCCGGCAGCUCAAGCAGGUGAUCGACACCGUCAAGAACAACCUCAUAGACAAAGACAAGGGGCUGCAGAAGUACUUUGUCGACAUCAACAUCCAGAACAAGAAGCUGGAGACGUUGUUACACAGCAUGGAGGUGGCCCAGAACGGGACAGUCAAAGAAGAGGGGGCCGGAGGCUCCUCGGGGGGCUCUCCCGCCCGCUCCUUGACCCGAAGCUCCACCUACACCAAGCUGAGCGACCAGGCGGCGGGAGAGCGCAACGCCGACCUUCAGAGCGUGUCCACGGAAGAGGUGGGGGACAGCGGCUUUGCAGCGGCCGACGACACCCUGAGCCGGACGGAACUCUUGGAGGCCAGCAGCCUGCUCUCCUCCGGGGUGGACUGCGGCCCAGAUGAAGGAUCCCUGCAGAGCUCCUUCACCUUGGGCUCCCGCCUUCCCACCAGCUCCACCUACGAGAAGCUGCUGGGGGGCAGCGGUGGGGGCGUGGAGGCCGGCGUGCAGGCCAGCUGCAUGCAGGAGCGCGCCAUCCAGACAGACUUUGUGCACUACCAGCCCGACCUGGACACUAUCCUGGAGAAGGUGAUGAAGUCACAGGCCUGCGGGUUGGCCAGCCCCGGCCCCAGCCCGGCCUGGGCCCCGGCCGCGGCCCCAGACCUAGAGGAGGGAGGGGCUGGCCCAGAAAUGCCCUCAGGCUUCCCCGGGCCCAUGGACCUGAUUCCGGCUGACCCUAAUUCGGCAGUGGUGGUGACGGUAGGCGAGGAGCCCGUGACCCACGGCCCCUCCCCGCACGCGCCCGGCCUCAACCCCUCGGUGAGCAUCGCCUGCCCUGUGGACGAAGAGGCCGCGGAGGUGGCGCCGGAGCCGAAAAGCUACUGGAGCCGCCACUUCAUCGUGGAUCUCCUGGCCGUGGUGGUGCCGGCGGUGCCCACCGUGGCCUGGCUGUGCCGGUCCCAGCGGCGCCAAGGCCAGCCCAUAUACAAUAUCAGCUCCCUCCUCCGGGGCUGCUGCACUGUGGCCUUGCACUCCAUCCGCAAGAUCAGCUGCCGUUCUCUGAGCACUUCGGGGCCCGUGGGCACCGGGGGCAGCUCCCAGCUGUGACGGCCCGGCCCGGGCACCGGCGCAGCUCGGUCUGACCGCUGAUUGUAGGUCUCACAAACACACUCACACUCACAUGUGCACGGAGGGUCAUCACCUUAAUUUAUUUAGCUUUUCCAAAACAGGGAGCCCACAGUCUGGCAGGCCUGGGUAGCCCGGGCAGGUCUGACAUUCUCUAAGGGCUGGCCUCCUGGGGCAGCGGCGGGAUUUAGGGCCUGGGAUGGGAGGGGGCGGGUCAUUGCCAACUUCUGUCACAGGAAGGGAGAUUCCCGCUGAAGGAAGAGGGGAAAGGACUUCAGCUCCCUAUUUCCUUUCCACUGCCCACCCCUGCCUCCCCAGUUCCUCCCACCCCUGCCCUCCUCUCCAGACAUCCUCCUUAGGCAAGUCUGAAUUUGCUUUUUUUGAGUAAGCUGGCUGGUCCUCAAUGUUCAUGGGGCUUCCUUCUUAGGGCUUCCUUCUUAGUCCUUUCUCCCUUGUCUGUAAGGUCAGUAUUAUUACUUCCACUGGAGGAAAUCACUUGCCCUGGCAAGCAAGGGGCAUAGGGAUCCGAACGUUUGGGAUGGGAACACAUGGCUUCUGUCUCCGCCUUUAGGGGCAGCCCAGCCUGGUUCUGGGAGUGACCGAUGGAUGGAAAGAGAGAUGAGUGAGACUGUCCUGCAUUUCUUUGCCUCUGGUCGCUGGGUGGGUGGGUGAGUAGGGGUUGGAAGCAGGGCCGGGGAAAGAGAAAGGAGAAAAACAAGUGAGGGAGAGUCAGCAGAAGAUGUGGGACCUGGCUGGCUUCCCCCGCCCCGCAUUGAGCUGCUUGCUGAGCCUGUUCUCAGCCUGGAGGACAGGAGGUGGCUCCCCCAGGGCCCAGGGCACCAUGGGAACAAAUGAUCACUCCAUCUAACUAAUGUCCUGAACCCCUUUCCACCGUGCCCUAAUGCUUCCAUAAGUUAGAGCAGGCAACAUCCGGAUUGUCUUUCUGGGUAUGCAGCUACUCUUGGGAGAGCUAGGGAAUGCUCUCCAUCUCACAGACGGUAUUGGAAGAUGCCGAGGGUUCCCCACAGGAAUUGAGAAGCCAAUGGCACCCCUAAGCCAUUUUGAAAUUACUUUGCACUAUGUUCCCUUUGUAAUAACACUAUUUUUCUCAGGGGAGGUGGUUAGACAAAGCUCCACCAGCAUGUCAGGCUGCCACGGAGGGAGAGAGAGGGACUUGAUUAACUGGCACUCUUCCCUUUGGAGGUUGGAGAGUGAAUGUUUAUGUCCUCGGGUGACCAAAUCCCAGUGUGUCUGGCUCUAAGGUAGAGGGAUGAAGGGCAGGAGAGGUGGAAGAGAAGGACCCCAACCCAUGCCUUUAUGCCUCUGGCUGAAAAUUCCUCAGUGCAAUAAGCCAGAGGUUAGGAUAAAGAAGCCAUGUUUUACCAGCCAGCCCUGCACAUGGAGCAUGCGGAUAGAGAGCUUGCUGAGAGCCAGGACGGAGUGAGCAGACGUUCUCACUGGCCAAGACCCUGCUGCAUCUCCCUCACACACACACACACACACACACACACACACACACACACACUCUCACACUCACACUCACACUCACACUCACACUCACACGCUCCAGGUAGGGACCAGAGUCACCAACACUUCCCCAUCUCCGAGCACUGGCUCCUUCAGUGAAGUAGCUGACGUUUUUUCUUUUAAAAAUAACCCACUCGCAUUCAGUCUCAUCAUUGAUUUUGUCUCCCAGCCUGGAACGCUUGGAACACCUCUGGGGUGUUGGGAAGGGUCCCCUCAAUGCUCCACUCUGUAGGCCUGUAAUUUUCUUUUUAAGAUUUGAAGCCUGGUCUUUGAGGGCCAGGUCCCCGCACACAGCUUGGGCUGUUUGGCAGCUUGAAUCUGUUUACCACCUUUGCUUGAACUGGCUCCUCACAUGCCCAUCCAUGCCCUGUCUCCUCAGACUGGGGAGCUUACUUCUGCAUGUGCAGGGGGCUCAGUCUCACUGUCCCCCAGCUUAACCGUGUGCUCCCCAAUCCACUGAGGCAGGCGGGUGUUUCUACCAUUGAUCCUCUCCAGUGGACCCAGAGGCCCCAACUUAGGAACUACCAUCUGGCUUGAUUACCUCGGAAAGCGGGGUAGGGAGCCUUCCCUUUGGACUCUGGAAUGAGAUGUGUCUGCAAUUUGGUAAUAAGGGGACUUUGGAAACCUGAUCAAAAAUGAAAAGGCCACUCGUUCUAGGAUCUAAGCCUCAUGUGCAAUGUAUUUGUGGAUCUGUGUAAGCAUCUCAUUAGACUAUCCAAAGCUUUGCUGAGAAAAUAAAUGUAUGAUUAUAUUUGAAAAGAGAAAA